CACGCGAUUUUAUUCAUAAAUAUUGGUUUUUGUUAAUGUAACUCGCACGUCGAAACUGGUGGUGUCCUGGCGAAUCCCAAGGAGAUGUGCAGGGCUGAGGUAUGAGGGACCCCCGUCUACCUACCCUGCGUCUCCGGGAGCAGCUGCUUAUGUGUGCCAGGAAAAAUGCUGGAUUUAUCUGUUGAUGUGUGUUUGGCGCGAUGACAAGAUGCUCUUUUUUUUGCUAUUAGCAUAUACGCUUAUUAGUACUACGUGUGAAGAUAAGUUUUCAGAUGAAAAAUCUAAAGCUCUAAUAGUCACAUUGAGAAAGAAAUUGACUGAGAACAACUACGACUACUCGUCGGCCGAGAGCAUGGAGAUACACCGGCGAGCGGAAUCACGUGAGACCGCCACCGCUCUCACCACACAUACCCCCAUUUUUAACAAACAAAAUACAAAGACACUGUACUUGAAAGAUACAAUGAGCACUGUAAAAGAGGGAGAGCCGCAUGUGUCUCAGAAUGAUCUGUUAUACUACGUGGAUGACCGACAUCUGCUACCACAAGAACCAGCCGUCAAGUACAAGGUUUUGAAGGUAAAACACAAGUCACGGCGAAGUGGCGGAGAGCGGCUAAUCCAAGAGGAGAGUAAGGAUGGCGUAGCCAUCAUCAACCUCGGAGGUGGACUGUUUCCCGAAUUCCGGCUACCACGCUCUCGGCGGCAAUACAUGCACGACUUAGGAGAAUUGAUCAGUGACGAGGAUGACCUACUUCCUCACGUUAAUGACUCUUCGCCGCAUUUCGGAGAUCCAGAAGCACCGAGAAAUGAAAAGCUUCAUAGUAUCUAAGUAUUCGUGUAACAAAGAGAAUUCAUUAUUAAAUUAUUUUAUUAUUGUC